AUGGCUUCAGCCGCAGCUACCUCAAGAUCCUUCAGCAUUUUGCUUUUAGCCGCCGUUUUUGCCGCCUCCAUGGCGGCAGUCUUGGUGGCGGGCUUCCGAUUUCAGGUCGGAGGCAAAGGGAGGGGAUGGAAAAUACCGACCGGGGACGAGCCCGAGACCUAUAACGAGUGGGCCGCCAUGAACAGGUUCCGCAUUGGCGAUACGCUUUACUUUGAGUACGAAAAGGACUCGGUGCUGGUGGUGAACGAUGCCGAUUACCUCAGCUGCAACACGUCGAAUCCCAUCUCCAAAUUCGAAGACGGGAAGACCGUUUUCAUGUUCGACCGGUCGGGCGCGUUUUAUUUCAUCAGCGGGCUGCCCGGUCACUGCGAAUCGGGCCAAAGGCUCAUUAUCCGCGUCAUGCACCCGUCGGAAGUCUCGGCGCCGUCCAUUGCACCCUCUCCGGGUCCUGUCGGAGGUUCGAGCGGCAGCUUUGGGGACGGGCGGGAGGCGCCGGGCGUGUGUUCGGCUGGGAAAAUCGCGGUUGUCUCGUGCCUUGUGAUGACCCUUUUAGGUCUUUUUGUUGGGGCCUACAUGUUCGUGUAG